GGCAACAUUGCAUCUGAGGGGCGUUUGAGGCAACAGUCAGCUGAUUUCUUGACAGCCAAUUAAAUGAGGAAUUUGGAAUGACAUAAGUAAGCUCCAGCAAAGCAUGAAGAUGGGUCAGCAUCAGCAUGUUAUCCCCCUACUGCCAGCAGACCAGAAUAGGAUAUCUACUGUAAACAACUGUGUGGAUGUUCUCCUUCAUCUUGAGAAGGUUGUUGAUGAUGUAUUUAAUUCCAUAACAUCACGACUCAAUGAAACAACAGUUCGUUUACAGGACUUGAAACAAAGGGCAGCAAAUGCUCAAGCCAAAGUGGAUAAGCUAACUGGGGCUAGCAAGGCAACACAGGUGUUUUCAAGUGCUCAGUACCCUGGGGGAGAGAAAUAUGAACCCUUCUGCUCCCCUUCAUAAAGGCGAAAAUUUUUUAAUAGAGUUUGUCUCCACCCCACUGAAGAUAAAGGAGGGUUUUGUACACAAUCCAGAAGCUUUACAGGAAAAGCUACAGUUCUACCAUGUACGGGAGAGACGUGGAGCUUCAGGAAAGAUAAAGGGCCUGGAGGACACAAAACAGGAAGAUGGCUUAGGUAGACUACCACCUCAUCUUUCAUCAGUCUCCUCCCUGCUUCUGUAUAACACUACCCAUAAUCCCUACAAAAAGUAUAUGGUACUGGAUCCCCUUGGAGUGGUGUCUGGUACUCGUGGAGAAGGAUCAAGAAGCAGAUCUGACACUACAAAUUCUGGGCCUACUUUGCACGAUGCACCAGCAACUUUACAGGAUGGAGAUCAAGGACUAAUUGCAAAGGAUGAGUACCAGUACCUCCCAGAUUUAUCAGACCUUCCUGAUCUAGAUCUGCCCAUGGAAUUACCCUCACUCCCUGGUAUUGCCAAUGAUCUCCUCUAUGAUGCUGAUAUUGGACCGGCAAUAGCACCAUCAGUUGGGAUGCCUGAUCUACCAACAUUUUCCUUGGAAGGACCAGACACACAAGUUACAGCUGCAGCAACUUCCCUAGAGCCCCCUCCACCACCUCCACCAGAUGUGACCUCAAACACUCAGCCUCCACCUCCACCACCCCCAGCUACCACUUCUCAGCCUCCAUCACAGAUGCCACCUGAUGGUAGUAGUGUUGCUUCAAUUGGCAUCUGCUCCCGGGGACACCAGUGGAGAAUCAGCAGCGCCAAAGGGCAUUCCUGAGGCAGUGACAACUGAUGCCCGAAGUAACCUAAUGAAAGCCAUCCAGGAAGCAGGUGGGGCGGGAAAAGCCAAGCUUCGUAGCAGCAAAGAUCGGAAAAGGGAGACCAAGAAGAAGGAGGCUGCUCCAGCAGCAGCUUCAGGUGGUGACCUCAUGAGUGACCUCUUCAGCAGACUAUCCCAAAGACGGAAAGGUAUAUCAGGAGCUCCAAAACCUGUGACUGAUGAAGUAAAGAAUCCAGGAAGAACUGAGGGUUUGUCAACAAUGGAGAAGAUGUCGGCAAUCAUCCCUCCACCACCUCUUAGUGAGACAAAUGAAGAGGAAAAUAAUGCAAGUGACGGCGACUGGGACUAAUAGGCUAGAGGCUACUUAGAUCACUGACUUUGGUUAGGGGGUCAUUUGUGAAUAUGCAGAUUUAUUUUAUAUUUAUACUGAUGAUAUGAAUGUGAUGUAUUCAUGUAUGGAUUAGAAUAUACAAAACAAGUGUGAUAUACUUUAUUGCAGAAAAUCAUUGCUAGGUUGAUUUUGGACCAUUGAUUAUUUCCUGUUUCAGUAUGUUUUUCUCUUUCGCAAUUACAUUUAUAUUUAUGUAUUUGUUUAUUUAAUUAUAUUUUUUCCAUUAUAUUUAUUUUUUUAUUUUUUUUUUAUUUUACUCACACACUCUUGCAUUGUUAUGAAAAACAGGCUGACUAUUUUACAAUUGCAAUUUUUGGAUGAAGUAAAUAUACUGGUUACCUCAGCUAUUUAUGGAUUAGUAGUUCAAGAAUAUCUAUUUUAUUGACUCACAGUGACAAUGUCUGUAGAAUUAUGUUUCCUUCCUAUAUCUUGAAUAUUAUAGAAUAGCUUUUAGUCUUUUAACAAAAUAUCACAUAGCUGAAUAUUGUGCAAACUUAAACAUUUAUGUUAUCAAUUGAUUCAAAGGGACCAAUCAUUGUGAUCUUAGAUAUUUAUUCUUAUAUUUUCAAUGGCUGUUUUCAUAUAUAUUUUUUUCAUUGUAAAUCACAGUUGUUUGCAUAGUCAGAUUAUAUUUGUAAUGUAUUACCUUGUAUUUCCAUCCCUAAUAUAUGAAACAAAUUGAGUCAUACAUACUCUUUCUUGCCAUUGCAGACUGUGAAGCAUGAUUAUAAUAUAAUGUCCAUUGCACUGGAUAUGUCUUAAAUAAUGCAUUGCUAGAGAAAUCACACGUGACUUUUCAGAUUGUAUCUUUUGGCUAAUUGUAACUUGACCUGUUUCUGUCCUAUAAUUUCUGUCAUUGCAUAUUCUUUAAUCUUUUUCUUUUUCACGUCUCUAUCUGAAAAUUCAGAGAGAUUAUGUUAUAACUCUUGAGCCAUGAUUAUAUCAAUUUCUGUAUAAGCAAAAUUUUGCUUAUUGCUCAAAUGCAAAUAAAGUGUGGGAGUUUGAUAAGAAAUAUCUCAGUGCAGGUUAAAAAAAUACUCCUGUAUCAUAUCUUUGUCUGCAGUGUAAUGAUUUAUGAAAUUAAAAUCAGGAAAUAUGCUUAUGAAUAUAAUUUUUUUUUCUCUCUCUCUGAUUAUCUCGGUAUCAUUUUUUUGUUAUGCUCUCUACCCUUUGUCUGUGGUAAAUACUUCCUCUCCUGUUAAUUUAGACCUAAUAAAAACUUAAAUUGAAUAUAAACCAUGCUUAAGAA